AAUGAGUAGAAUUAUUAAAAGAAGAGAGAGAUAGCUUCAUAAAUAGAUCAAUAAAUAGCUUUUUGUUUGUAAAAAAUUGUCCACCUUGGCAACUUGUGCAUUCACCAAAUGCUUAUGUGGCAAGAAGUUUUUUUCCCCUCAAAAGUAGGGGUAACAAGAGAGUCAAAUAGAGGAGUCAAGUAAAGCUCGGGAGUUGACCAAUAGUCGAACUCCCGAUGAGAGGGCUUUAUGUGCCACAAGAUGGGCGGCCCUAUUAAGUCGACGAGAAACAAAACAGAAGGAAAUCCCACUGAAUUAGGCAGCUAGGACCCGAGCAUCUUCAAGCACAGCACCACUUCGAUCAUGAGCAAAAUCCUCCCCCACCAUACGCCGUAUCAGUUGUUGCGAAUCCCCAUGAAAUUUGACACACACAAAACGAUGAGUCAAAUACCAUUGUAGAGCAUCUCGUAGAGCCAAACAUUCCAUAACAAAAGGAUCAUGUAACCCUUCGUAUUAUUUCCCAAAAGCAAAUAGGACAUUACCUGUAGGUUGAAAACCAACGAAGUCAAUGCUACCACCUCGUCCACGCUUAGCUGCACCAUCAAACCAAACGGUGAUUGUGGUGGAAGGUAGUCCCGCCGAUGUCUGGUCGCCGUUGCCAGGUCUACGGGCUGUUCCAGGGCCUUGCCUGGGGAUGGUUGGCGGCACCUGUUCAGCUGCCCGCCAUUCUUCUAGCUGCCUCCGGAAUGCCUACCGAAGCUGCACCCUUUCCUUAGAAAGUCAUAAAGCUCCAUCAGCAUUUAGAAGUAACCUGCAAAACAAGAAAACAAAAAGGCAAUCCAGAAAGAUCUUGGGUCUGCCGUUGUACAUCCUCAUCAGCCAACAAUAAGAAAUGAGAAAAGAAGACUCCACCGUGAAGUAACAUUGAUAGGCUCCACAACGGAGAGGGCCAUCACCGGCAAAGCACGAUGCCGUAGACCAUUAUGAGUCAAUAAGCACGAAAUGGACUCUACAACCCACUCACAAAGAUGGGACUCACGAUUUCUUUUCUAGAAUAAAUUUUUUUAAAAUAA